CUUCACCAAUGCUUUCAGCGUAGUGUUGUUGCUGACAUAAACACACACAAAGACACAAAUGCUAACUAAAUUCAUCACCACACGCCUCGAAAAUUGCACACAAUAAAGAACUGCCGACUCGAUGACAAAUGUAGCCGAUGAAAUGGAGUACGACGAGAAACUGGCACACUUCCGCCAAACACGCCUCAAUCCCUUCGAUCGCAGUGAGGAAGAGGAUGGUAGUCUCCAAAAGGGCAGGACGCCCCCACAGCAGGAAGCGAGACAGGAGCUGUUUUCUGGGACCAGAAUUCAAAGUUCAGACAGAACCAUGGACCUUGGUUUAGCUGAGGACCACUUCUCAAGACCUGUGGGUUCGUUUGUGGCCUCCGACAUAGAGCAGUUAAAACUAGCCAUUGAGGAGUGCAAGAAGCUGAUCUUAGAGCUGCCAGAACACUCGGAAAGACAAAAGGACACGGUGGUGAAACUGAUCCACCUACGGCUCAAACUGCAGGAGCUGAAGGACCCUGAUGAGGAUGAGCCAAACCUGAGAAUGGUUCUAGAGCAUCGAUUCUCCAAGGAGAAGAGCAAGAGUGUAAAACAAACAUGUGAUAAAUGUAGCGCUAUCAUCUGGGGCCUCAUUCAAACAUGGUACACCUGCACAGGUUGCUAUUAUCGCUGCCAUAGCAAAUGUAUGAACCUGAUCACUAAGCCCUGUGUGAGGUCAAAAGUCAGCCAUCAGUCCGAGUAUGAGUUAAGCAUCUGUCCUGAGAUCGGCCUUGAUAGACAAGACUACCGUUGCGCAGAAUGUCGCACACCCAUUUCUCUGAGGGGUGUGCCGAGUGAGGCCAGACAGUGUGACUACACAGGCCAGUAUUACUGCAGUACGUGCCACUGGAAUGACACAGCCAUCAUCCCUGCACGAGUCAUCCACAACUGGGAGUUUGAACCUCGCAAGGUUUGUCGAUCCUCGCUCCGCUACCUGGCCCUGAUGAUGUCACGGCCUGUGCUGAAGCUGAAAGAAAUUAACCCACUGCUGUUUAACUUUGUAGAAGAACUGGUUGAGAUCAGGAAACUUCGCCAAGAUAUUCUACUGAUGAAACCCUAUUUUAUUACCUGCAAGGAAGCCAUGGAAGCUCGGCUGCUACUCCAGCUUCAGGACCGCCAGCAUUUUGUGGAGAACGAUGACAUGUACUCACUACAGGAUUUGAUUGACAUCUCCAGUGGUCGACUCAGCUGUUCGCUCACAGAAGUUCACACCACAUUUGCAAAACACAUCAAGCUGGACUGCGAUCGUUGCCAGGCCAAAGGCUUUGUGUGUGAGCUAUGUAAGGAGGGAGAUAUCCUCUUCCCCUUUGACAGUCACACCUCAGUUUGCCACGACUGCUCCGCCGUCUUUCACAGAGACUGUUACUAUGACAACUCAACAACGUGUCCACGUUGUGCCCGGAUGACGGAGCGAAAGCAAGAUGAAGACACAAAAGAUGCAUAAAGAUGCCGUGUGAAGGGAUAUAUGUUGACAUAAAGAAAGCAUGGAAGUAAAAUUAACAUUGUUUAUCUUCCUGCAUAUUAUAUACAGGAGUUAAAAGCCUCCACUUUAUUUGACGUAAAGACUGCACAGAAAUACAAUCUGGUAUUGAAAUGUAAAGAUGAAGAUGCUACAUAUUAAGUGCUGGUCCAUCUACUUUAACCAUAACUAAAGCUGGUCCAUAACUCUAAGUCAUUUUGACAUUAAAAAUUUCAUGGUUAUUUGUCAUUUGUCAGCCCAUAACUUGAAAAGUAUUUAAAGCAUGAUAUAAUUGUACUUGUUCUUGUAAGGAUACAUGUAUGACUGUGCUAUAUUUCAUUCCAAACAGUGAAUUCAUUCCAGAGUGAUAUCUAUCCAAACCCAAUUCAUGUGAAUACUCAUGCACAUUGUGUGCCCAAGAUUGUCAGGUUCCAUGAAGCUGGCAACCAAACGUCUUCAUACACUUGGCAAAGUGUUAAUGGUUUCUAUCAUAUUGUAGUUAAAGCACAUUUUAUCCAAAAGAUGUCAAAAGACACCUUUGACAUAGUGUAACUGUUGACCUAAAAUAUUUGUUUUAAAAUAAUGACUCUUUGCUGUAUUAUCUUUCAGCAUGAUGCACUGUUUAUUUCCUCUCAAACUAAUGGACAUCUGUGGUGUCAGUGAAUACUAUUUUGCUGUUGAAAAAAAAUCAUGUGGUGUGAUGCGCGAAUAAAGUAUUGACAUAA